UCUUCGCUAUAAUUUCAUUCAGUCGGUGUCCGGCCGAAACGAAAGAAUCUCUGCUAGCCCAGCAAACGAAAUAUUAUUAGAAUAUUAAUAUUAAUUUAAUCAGAUUUAAACUAAUUUAAUCACUCCUUCCGAACGUAACUUAUAUUCGACUAACUGCGUGAUUUUAACGAAACAAAGAACAAAGUGUAACGAACUUAAUGAUUUAUUCGAUUUGUGAAACGAAUGAACGAGAAAUAUAUUAAAAUAUUGUGAAUCAAUUGUCGAAGAACUGCUCCACAUACCGACAAAAUUUCUAACAUUGUGCGCGAAAAAAAAUAAUAGAAUAUUAGCGUAUUUACGUCAUUGCACAAGUUACACUGCUAGAAAGUGUGGUAAACAACCAGUAAAUGAACUGUUUACAUUACAAAAUCGUCGAAAAAGAGGAGUGAGUGAAUAUAUACACGGAAUACAGUUUGUACUGACAUCGGGGCAUGCCAAACUUUGGUCGAAUACGCCCUAGGAUUUCAGAGCUAAUGAUAGAGGACAAUCCAUGGAUGACCUGGUGAAGUGUAGCAGAGACUUUCGGUCGGACCGCACCGCAUAUGAAUAACUUAUAAAAUAAGAAAAAUAAAAACAAAAUAUAACGACGGCAACAUUUUUAUAUACUUAAGUUACAUAAAAAUGGCUGAUACCCAAACAAAAACGACCUCUAGCAAGGGAUGCGACGGGAGCAGGACCGCCCACAUCCUAGUGCCACACAAUGGACCGUUGAAGCACAGGUCGGAUCCUGGCUCCAAGCCCAAUGAAAGCUUCCAGGGAGAAAAGGCGAGCAAACGCGAUACUGAAGAAUGGCAAGUUAUAGCCAAAAACAAAUUGAAGCGCAAGAAGAACCUGAGCGCCUCACUGACUUCGGUGGGGGACACCGUGAACCAGGAGAAGCGCACCCGCAUCGAGGGCAUCCAACUGCACUGCCGCGGCAAGCUGCGGCCCAAGGACACCCAGUCCUUCGAGGAUGUUAAGGUGCCAACUGCAGGAUCCACAAAGUCUGCAGGAAGAUACGAUAAAGAGCGAGAAAGAGAACGCCCUGUGAUAAUUGGGGGCGUGACCACAGCAGCACCGCCCCAGCGGAUCAAACGGAAGCUCCAGGAGAAUCUGGACACCAUUCAGAAACUAAACGCCCUCACGGAACAGCUUCGACUGGAGGUGAACGAACUGAAGUCGAAUCUGAUCACGGAACGAGGAGCAGUAAGAGCCCUGAGGGCCCAAAAUGACGCGGAUAGCCGCCGCUGGAAGAGUGAAGUCAAGAAGCUACAGCACACUUUAGAAGUUGCCAAGAAGAGCAAUGGACUAAAGAAACCCAACGAAUCGGGCCUGGAAUCGAGCGGCACCUACGUGACCGCCGACGGCCUCAUGAACUAUGAAAUCCAAAGACUGACUAACGAGAUUGCCGUGCUUAAGGAAGCUAACCGAACUAAGGAGGAGAAGUCCCAGAUUAUGGGGCAGGCUGAUAGACUCAAGGCUGCCGAUAUGCGGCAAUUGAAGAAUGCGUACGAAAACCGAUUGACUCACAUACAGAAAUCAGCCAAAAUUGAAAUAACACGUUUGCUAGAGGAAAUCAAAACCAAAGAACGUAAUAUAGGACAACUGAGGAAGGACUUGUUGGCAUUGCAGGGUCCCAAGAAACACAAGAAAAAUGAAGCCAAAAUGCCAGCGACAACGAAACCCAAAACGAACCCCAACGAAACAGGCCAAAAGCCAAAGAAACCCACAACGAACCCGGCUAAAGCAGCAGGAGAAACAAAAGCUAAAAACGAACCAGAUACAGAUAAAGAUUCACAAAAUCCCAUACGCCAGGCUCAAGUUACACCUGAGAUAACCCAACUCAAGAACAUUGAGCUGAUCAACAAUAAGAAAAAUGCGCAUAAAUCAGCGCUCGAGAUGCGCACAACUAUGAAGAUCAGUCAGACGAAUGGACUGGAUGCGAUGAGGGCCCCCAACGAGAUGGGGGCCACCACAUGGAUGACGACGCUGCUCGGCAGCCAUCCCACAGCCAAGCCAAAGGACCAUAAUUCGGACACGGACUCGGCCCUGUCCUCGGCCCCGCCCUCGAUCAGCCCCCAGCCGCCGUCGAGUGGCUCGGACAGCGGUGUGAUUUGGCAGACACUGCAGGACCUGGAAAAACUACAGAAGGAAGCGGAAAUGUAUCAGAAGGAGAACGAACGCUUGCAGGCAGAGGUACGUCUGCUGAAGCAGGAGCUGGAGGGCGCGGAACAGGCGGCCCUGGCCACCAGCAUGACCCAGAGCCAGCUCGGGGAGCAGAUGCAGCGCGUCCAGGAGCUGGAGGAGGAGCGAGCGCAGCUGUCCGAUGAGUGCAGCGAGCUGCGCGAACAGAACGAACUCCUCGAGUUUCGCAUUCUCGAGCUGGAAGAUGAUAACGAUAAGAUGGAGAGCACCUGCGAGGGUCACUGUCAGAGCCUACAAACCAUUUUGGAGAAGAGCUCGCAGAGCCUGGAGGAUCGCGAGAGACGCUGCCUCCAACAGCUCAUGAACUGCGUCCAGCAGCUCGACCUCGAUUCGAUGAUGACAGGAGAACAGAACCACACGGAAUCCCCACGAAGGCACCACAAUCAGAACCACAGUCCGAGCCACAACCAGCAACAGCGGAUCGUUGCCACCGUCCAGCCGUACAGCAACUGUGCCACGCCCACAGCCCCACCCACGCCCAGCAAGCGCCACUGCACCCAGAUAGCCUCGUGGCAGAGCAGCAGCCUUAGCGAGAGCGGCGUUUUCGUGGAGUGCGACCUAUCGUCGCCGAGCCAACCAAUCUUACCCAACCACCCCCACCUGCUGUUCUACCAGGAACGGCUGGAGCAGCUCGAAGGAAAGCUCCUCAUCUACGAGAGCACCGGAGAGACCCAAGCGCGUCUCCUGGCCCAGCGACUGCAGAGAGAGCUGCAGCUGCAGAAGGAACUGAAGGAGCUGACGGAGCGGGUGGAGCUGCUGACCGACCAGAACUCUCAGUUGGACGAGGCCAAGUGCGAGUUCGAGGAGGCCGAGAACGAUACGCGGCUGAAUCUGCAGCGCAACGAGGUGGAGCUAGAGAUCCUGCGCCAGCGCAACGUCGAGUUGGAGUUCGGCAAGGACGCCUUGAGCGCCAAGUACCAGGACUGCCGCGCCGAAGUUGUGAUUCUUCGCGAGGAUCUCGCCGCUGCCGAGACCCAGUUGGCAGACCUUCAGUGGGAGAGGAAACAGGCCAAGAAAGAACUGCAGAACAUCCGACAAUCGCUGCCAUUGCUUCUGAUCUGUCGCCUUCUGGCCUUGGCCAAAAUGGGCAAUAACUUGUCUAUUCCGGAAAAUAGCCCCCGCCAUCCCGGGGAUUCCCCCAUGGGUAAGCACAGUCAGCGCCUCUCCUCGGGCUACCACACAUCUAGUGUACAAGAGUCCAGUACCAAGUUGGGGUUGGCGGACUUUGGUCUUAGCUCCGAUCUUGGCGAGGGACGAGAUGUGCAGUAUCUGAAGGAGGAGGUGAAGAGUCUGCGUAGUCAGCUCAAGGAGCUAAAUGCCAGACACUAUGAAGCCAUGGAGACGGCCGAUUCCCACUGGGUCGAUCUGGAGCACCAGUACAAGGAGCGGGAGGAAGCUUACCGCGGCAAGGAAACCAGCCUGAAGCAGAAGAUCACCCAGCUGCAGGACUGCCUCAGGGAGGACUCCCGCGCGGCAACGGAAAAGAUUCAGCAGCUGGAGGAGGCGGAGCAAGGUCUCAAGACAUGCUUGGUGCGCCUGACGAAGGAGCAUCGUGAUUUGCUCGACGAGAACCGAUCGAUUCAGUGCGCCUUGGAGAACGUAAUGGCUAAGAUGGAGGUGGAGGCGGAGUUCAAGGUACCGCUUACCGAAGCCCUGGAGAGUGAAAAGAAACGCUCCCAGGCCUUGAUGGACGACCUGACCUUUGCUAAGAAGAUUCAACAAAACACAGAAGAUCAGCUGAGGCAGGAGACAGACGCCCUGCGGACCCAGAUCUUCGACAUCAAGAAGGAGUAUAUGCACAUCGAGGUGACCAACGGGGAGCUCAAGGAGGAAGUGGGCACGCUGGAGAACAAGAUCCACCAGAUGGAGACUCAGCUUAAGGACUCCGAGGAAAGGGCUCGCUGCCUGGAAGACGAGCUCCGUACCAAGGACGAGCAGUGCUUGUUGAUGGAACGGAAGUUUGGCGUCAUUCCCGAAGGAUUCAGCCUAGCCGAUGAGCUCUACGACAGUCCAGCGAAGCGGGCCAAAAAGGAUGACAUUCCCGAUCUGCAGACAGCCAGUCAGGGAUUGGGUGUGGCUUUGCUGGACAUUGAGCGCCGUGAGCUGGAACUUCCCACCCACAAGGACUUCCAGGCGAUAGCGUGCAGUGUGAAGCAUUUGGCGGACACCCUGCUCUCCCAGAGCCCGUCCGAGGUGAGUCUAGUUAAGAGUAGCGAUGCGGGCAAGCCCCUCCCUCGUCCCGAAGUAGAGGAUGUUAGCUGGGAGACAGCUCAAGACACUGAGGAGUCACAGAGUGUGGCUGGCAAUGAGCUGGUGGUGAGAGGCAAAGUGAGCGAUCCAGGUGAUAGUAGUACCAGCUGGACUAGCAUUAAGAAGUCCUCCUCGCAAAGGGAAAUGCUGGAGAUGAAAUCUGGCCAGAAAUCAAGCCGAUCGGGGGGAGGAAGUUCCAGCCAGACGAAGAUAGAACUUUUACAAAUAACCGAUACGAAAGUGGAGGACACUGAAGACGAUGUCUGCAAGAUGCCGUCGACCUUACGCGACUUGAUUUACGGGAACGCGCAGCUGGAGCAGGAAGUGGAGCGACAAAAGAAGAACAAGAAGCGCCGCCGAAUCCACUUUGAUAGAAACCAGAAGGAGGACCGCUCCUCGCCACGGCGCACUCAGCGCUUCAUGUUGCGGCAGUUCAUCUAUCAACGCAUCCAUCGCACUCGCGUUCGUUUCGGAGGCGCCAUCCGAGCUCAAUUCCACGUCACACCGACACUCUCUAUUAACAGCUUCCACUCGGCGGCUUCUGUCCACACGGUUCACUCAGCCAAAUCCCAGCUCUCCUUUCACUCGCAGCACGCCGACAUCUGCAAUCUGGAGUGGCACAGCUUGGAGAGCGCCUCGUUUGCCCAAACAGAUCCGGCUGAGAUCCUGGAGGAGGAGGUUCAAGCCUCGCCUGACCUUUCCGAGCAGGAGGUGCAGGUGUGCCCGGACACAGCGGAGUGCGGCUCCCAAGCGGAUGUGGGUAUAGAACAGCGGCUGCUCCUCAUGCCGCUGCGCACUCGCUGCUUUGUGGACCUCCUCCAGAAUGCCGUGGAUGGGUACUUCGAUGUGGCCCCCUUUCGGGCAAAGCUCCUCCAGCUGUGGGAGGGCGGCGAGGACUUCCGUGAACACAUUGAGCUGCUGCAGGACAUGUGGACAGAGAAGCAGACCCCAGAGUCCGUGGAAAGCUAUGAAAGUUUUGUGGCCGCUCUGGACUGUGUAAGGAGCUUGAAGCUGGCCCUCAAGCCCGUCUCAUCGGCGUUGCUGGAGGAGAUCGAGCAGAGGAUCAAUGCACGCCUCGUUCUCUAUCAUAACCAAAAAAUGGAGUCGGAAUUUGGUUGCACCAUCUACUAUCCCGUGAAGCGACCAAACUCAUUUUAUUUCUCCGACUCCUCCCCAUAGAGACAGGCGUCCCUUACCCGAUCUCUCGAAAUGUGAUUGCUCUAAGAUAAAUGUAAAUUACCGAGUGAUUGCCCAUUA